AUGAAAUAUCGAUUCAAAGAUGAAACUCCUCUCGAACAACGAAAACAAGAGGCCGAAAAAAUCCGUGCUAAAUAUCCUGAACGAGUUCCAGUUGUACUUGAACGCGUUCCUAAAUCUGAUAUUCCAGAAAUUGACAAGCGUAAAUUUCUGGUACCCAGCGAUAUAACAAUUGCACAAUUUAAAUGGAUUAUUCUUAAACGAAUUCAAUUAGCACCGGAAAAGGCUAUUUUUCUUUUUGUUAAUAAAACGAUUCCCACAACAAGUGCAACAUUGGGCGAAAUCUAUGCUGAACAUAAGGAUGAAGAUAGUUUUUUAUAUAUGGCAUAUGCAGGUGAAAAUACAUUUGGUUAA